UAUGUUGAUUAAGAAAACACUGUUAAUCUGUAGAAUACCGCCUAAUAGUUGUAUUGCCAUUUGUAUGACCCUUGCUCAAAUACUGUAAGCAUAAAUAAGUAUAUUUAUUUUUUAUAAAGGUUAAAUGUCAUUUCCAAAGGUUAAAAAAGAGCACCCAAUUUAUUUUUAAAUGCCCCUGGAUUUCAGUCAGCGGGGGCAAAAAUUGCAGAAUAAAACAUCAGUAAAUGUCGUCCCCUGAUUCGACUCGUGGAGAACGUUUCCAUGAGCUGGUAGUCGCUGCAGAGCGUCUCGACGUCGUCUCGGCAGCCGCUGAUCUAGAAUGAAUUAGAACAAUCACGACACUGCAGCCCAUGAGUCAACAAGACCUUGAAUGCUCAUGUUACACAACACUCGGGCCGCAGUGUGCGCACACACACAUCCCAGGCUACUGUAGACAACCAAAAAGGUCAGGUGCUCUGAAGGUGAAGUGCAGUCGCCAUAGAAACCAAUGUUGACUCCCUGUCGCCUAGCAACGGGAUGUAGAGUGAUGUCAAUGGAAAGCGUGCUAUUUUCUCCUACUGUGUGUGUGUGUGUGUGUGUGUGUGUUCUCCUGUGGGGAUAGACAGGGGACAUGAUGCUGACAUCAAAUGGAAGACAAAAAGCGACGGUGUACUAAAUCAGCUGCACGACGAUGAUAAAUUAUGGGCCAAUUAAGGAAUCAAUUAUGCUCCCGGUGCUUUUUUCUCUGUUGCUUUUUUGGGGCCUACCAACUCCAAAUCAUCCACAUCUGCAUAGAACUUCCAAUUUGCUCCGAUAGGAUAUUAGACACAUGAGAGCAUCUCUUCAUCACGUUUCUUUCUGUUAUUAGAUUGGGUCCAGAAAGACUGAUCGUCUUAGCUCUGUCAUAUUCAUUGAUUGUGUUGUUGCUGUGUUUUAAUUAGUGUGUAAUGAUUCCUUCUGGUCACAUGACAUCUAUUACACCUGUCUAUCCUGGAGAGCGAUCCUCCUCUGUUCUCUCCUCAAGGGUUCUGACCUUGUUUCCCCUGAAGGGUUGUUUGGGAGUUGUUCCUGAUCCGAUGUGAGGUCAAAGGUCAGGGAUGUCGAUGUGUACAGAUUGUAAAGCCCUCUGAGGCACAUUUGUAAUUUGUGAAAAUGGGCUCUACAAAUAAACUGAAUUGAAACUGAAUAGCUGAAUAGGUGUCGAGGAAACCUUCAGGGAAACUCGCUGUCCUGCCCCAGAGCGCCGUGGAAGUGUCUGAGGGGUGGAGGAAGAAAUAGCUCCCUCUCUGCAAGCACAUGUAAAGGAUAUGUCACGUCUACAUUUGGGCCAAAUUGCAUGCAGACUAAUAGGAUCAACAAGGCGGUGUAAUUAUCUUAUCUGGCUCGGUGGCUUUUUCAGUAAACACAGCAGGUAAUCCCGAGGUUACGCGGGGGCAAAGUCAAAUGAUGAAUUAUACAGCAGGGCAGUGAGCUCUGGAAGUGGAGCCUCCUUUAGUCAUUCAAAUGGCUCUCUUAAUCUUUACAUAGGACACAAAACAACUGCCGGGGGGGUGAAAUAAAAAAAUUUUUCGUGACAGACACACUAAGGAAGAAGAAGCCUUCCAACAGGACCGGAGCUAUAAAUAACGCCGCAGCAGCGCUGCAAUAUUCGUGGGUGGAUUAGGAGAGAAGCGUCACUGCCUAUUUAUAAAGCCGAUGCAGUGAAGCCUCCUCAUCCUGGGGGAUUCAGUGAGUCCUGAAUAGGUGGGAAUACAAUUGAAGUCACUGUUUAGAUGCCGUCUAUUUUCGUCAUAAAUAUUUGCUUUUUCCGCUCUGCACUUGUCUGUUUGAGGAGUUCAUUUGUCCUCCACUUUGACUCAUAUAUCCUUCGUAGAUUCCGACUGCAGUGAAGCUCUGCAGACCCUGAAGACCAGGCGAACGUCAGAGGCAGGUGAGGGACCCAGCAUGCAUCAGAGGGGGGACGUCUUCAGGGAUCACCUGUCUCUCAGCAUCCUGCUGCCACCUAGAGGCACAGUGCACUCGGCUGGGGAGGGAGAGUUCCUCAUUGUCCCUGUGAGGCUGAGCGGAGCAACAGACCCUCACUCUGCUCACCAUGGCCGGGUCCGCCCUCCUCAUGCUGGCCGCCCUGGUUGGAGCCUGCACUCAGUUUACAGAUGCUGUCAACAUUGACGUCGGAACAAAUGAACGAUCAAGAGAGAAGACAGAAAGCUACAUGCCCAUCCUCUGCUCCCCUAUACCUGCCCCUGUAUCCCCAUCCGCAUCAGUUCAUACUCUCACACCUGUUGACAUCUCAGCUGUUUAUGUCUUGGGAACUCCCAUCUCACACAGGGAGGAAGCAUCCAGAGUCGUCAGUAGAGUCGCCGAGUUGCUGUCCAUGUUUAACCCUGAAGUGGUCACUCACCAUGUGGAUCUGAUCUCAGUGCAGCCCAGACGCUUGUUGGAGGAAGCUGAGGAACUGUGUAUCUCCCUUUCAAAUCAGGUGUCGGACUGGAAGCUGGUGCUGCUGUUUGCCCGGGCAGAUUCCACGUGUGCAUGCUCACCGCACCCUGCUGCAGAUGCUCAAGCUGUUGUGCAGGAGGUGGAAGCAGCUCUGCAGUUGCUGCAGAAAAGGUUGCAUCUCACUCUGGUUCACGUUGUGGUCUGGAGCUCAAAUCAUCAGCAGGACAAGUGUCAGUGCGCGAGAGAUGAAAGCAUAAACCAGCGUUUACGUGAAGCAACUCUCCUGAAAACACUGCAGGACUCUCUAAGUCGUGUCUUGGACAAUCCAGAAUGGCUCAGAGAGAGGGCGGACUUCACCGCUGUGCUGCAGUCUGAGCCAGUUAUCCUUCAACCCAUCUCAGAUCCUCAGAGCACAUGGUCUGACCUCAACCAGUUAGCUGUCCAGAUAUGGACAAGCAUGCUUCAGCCAUCGACAGCUGAGGUCAUGGACACAGGUGUCAUCACCUUCCCUUGCCCUACCCAGGAACGACCGCUCCUGCGCACAAAGAACAAUUCCCCCGCUGAAAGGGAAGGCCGAGUUUACAGCAACGCGUCUACACCAACCGACGCUGUUAUGGGUACUGAGAUACCUUGCACAGACCUCAGUCCAUCUCCCACGACACCCACUUCAGUUCAUGAACUCCGACCUGGAGAUGUCAAGGUGGUGGCAGCGCUAGGCGACUCUCUGACAGCGGCCAAUGGUGCGGGCGCCAAGACAGACAACCUUCUGUUGCUGUUGAAUCAGUACCGAGGAAUGUCGUGGAGCAUUGGUGGUGAUGAAAACAUCACCACAGUGACCACUCUGCCAAACAUCCUCCGGGAGUUUAACCCCUCCCUGACCGGCUUCUCAGAGGGGAUGGGUAGUCAGGACUCUCCUCAAGCCUUCCUCAAUCAGGCUGUGGCCGGAGCCACCAGCAGUGACAUGGUGCACCAGGUGCGUGUCCUCGUGGACAAAAUGAAAAAUGAUUCGCGAAUUGACUUCCACAACGACUGGAAAGUGAUCACCAUGUUUAUUGGGGGCAACGACCUCUGUGACUUCUGCACAGACAGCGUUGUGUUCUCCCCCAGGAAUGUGGUUGGUCACAUCCGCGCCGCUCUGGACGUCCUCCACAGUGAAGUGCCGCGUGCCGUCGUCAAUCUGAUCGAGGUGUUAGACAUUGUCCCCCUGCGUGAUCUGCACAAUGAUAAAACUCUGGGCUGUCCCACCUGGUUUACGAGCUUAAUUUGCCCCUGCAUACUGAAGCCCAAAAGGGGAUCCUCUGAACUCCAGAAGGUCAAAGACCUCAAUAAAGCUUAUCAGCAUGCUGCGAGAGAGCUCGUUGACUCUGGGCGGUAUGACACACACGACAACUUCACUGUGGUGCUGCAGCCCUUCUUCAGGGAGGUUAUCCUUCCCAGGUUAGAGGAUGGCCGGCCUGAUCGCUCCUACUUUGCACCCGACUGUUUCCACCUGAGCCAGAGAGCUCACACUCUCAUGGCUAAGGCUCUUUGGAACAACAUGUUAGAGCCAGUGGGAAACAAGACUUUUACACAAGACUUCUCAGCUGGCAUUGAUCUGAAGUGUCCCUCCAAGGCCAACCCAUUUUUAAGGACUGCUGUCAACAGUAACUACACCUUUCCAGGGCCUCCCCCCACUCCUGCUCCGAGGACAAAUUGGGGAAGUGACUUUUCCUGCGUUGACACAGCUCCAUCCAACUCUGUGCCCACUUCAGCUCACAGGUUACGCCCAGCCGACGUCACGGUGGUGGCUGCUCUGGGAGACUCUGUAACGGCUGGAUUUGGUGCAAAGGCAAAAAAUCUCCUGGAGCUAAGAACUGAGUACAGAGGGGUGUCGUGUAGCAUUGGAGGAGACAAAACUCUUGAGACCGUCACAACGUUACCCAAUAUCCUUAAAAAGUUCAAUCCUAAAAUCAAAGGGGCGUCAAAGGGACAAGGGACCCGGCGGACCGGCUUCAACAUGGCGGUAUCAGGGGCUAAAAUAGCAGGAAUCCCAGAGCAGGUCCGACGCCUGAUAGAUACCAUGAAGGAUGACACUACGCUGGAUUUUGAGAACGACUGGAAGCUGGUGACCCUCUUUAUUGGAGGCAACGACCUGUGUCAGUACUGCAACGACCGGGCCUCUCUGUCCCCUCAGAACUACAGCCUUCAUUUGAUGACAAGCUUGGAUAUCCUUUACAAAGAGGUUCCCAAGACAAUUGUCAACAUCUUGGAGAUCCUAGAAAUUGAAGGCCUUCGCAGGAUCCACAGGGAUAGUCUCGGAUGCAACGUGGUACAAAAGUUAGUCUGCCCAUGCUUCUUGUUACCAGGAGAGGAUUCCCUGGAGCUGGCUGAAGUCAAGCGGAUCAAUCGAGAACUGCAGAUUGAGACGGAGAAAUUGGCGUACGGAGGCCGCUACGACGGGAGAGAGGACUUUGCCGUGGUCGUGCAGCCCUUUUUUAAGAACUCCAUCAUUCCUCUGAAUGCUGACGGCAGAGCCGACAGCAGCUACUUCUCGGUGGACUGCUUCCACUUCAGUGAACGAGGACACGCAGAGAUGGCUGCAGCGCUCUGGAGGAACAUGUUGGAGCCAGUGGGUAAAAAACAGACAUACAACAACUUCACAGAUUCCAGAAAUAACAUCAAGUGCCCCACUGAGGAGCAUCCUUACAUCUUCACUAAGGGGAACAGCUUGCCCAGCCCCAGCACCCCAGCACCCACAACUCAGAGCACGGCCCUGCCUCCCAGCCCAGGUUGCACAGAUGCUGUGCCGGUGUGGCUCGCUGCUGUGCUGGCCGUGACAGGUCUUCUGAUUGGCUGGGCUGUCACCUGGCUCCUCCUCUCCUGCAGAGCCAAGAGAAAGAAUCAGAGGAUGGCGGCUACAAUGGAGAUGAGGGUCACCGUGUUUUAAAGAGCUACUUAUGGUCGUUUUGCACCGGACUAUCCAAGGACCAGAACUAACAGAACGAGAUAGCAAUAAUUACAGUUGCUGUGAUAAUUAGCAGGUCGUUUUUCACAAUAAGACAUGAUUAGAUAGCCCUGACAGCUUCGACCAAGUUGAUUUUUCUCUUUGAACAGAAACUAUUCCUGGAUGUAGGGGUGGAAAGUUACUGCAGUCUUCACCUCAGGAAAGCAAUAAAUAAAACAACAGAAUGACACUCCAUUAUAAGUCUGGCAGUAAACCUGAUUGAACAUUGGAUUUCAAUGUUGUAGCUGGUCUUACAACGCAAUGCAAUGCAGUCACCAACCACUAAUCAAACACAGGAGAUUUCAUGUGCACAAGUAAAGGCUGAAAUGACCGGCUAACGCAUUACUGCUGUUAUAAUGGUAUGCAUGUGUGAUAUAUGUGGGCUAUAAUACAAUCACUACUUAACUUCAAAUGAAAUUAUCCUGUUUUUGCAUUCACUGCUGCUACGUUUAACCAGGAUUUUCAGAUAAGGGUUGUGGAGUACACUUCUGAAAAUAUGAAUAUUAUGAACAUUGUGUGGAUUUUGUGCAAUGAUGAAUACUUGGAAAGACGAUGUAAUUAUUGUGGCCUUCCUCUUUUGUAUAAGGCCUUUGACAUUGAAACAUUCUCCAUGUGUUUUUAAUGUUAUUUAGAAUAAAUGAUUUGCAAUCAUU